GCAAAAAGUUGCAGCACACUUAUAAAAAACAAAGCUAAUGCUGUGGGGAUACUGGCGAAUAAUAAUAUAACUUUAAAGAAGCAAUGGAACGUUGAUUAAAUUACUCGCUAUCUCUGACGUGUACGAAUUCACAAAGUAUCACAAAGUCGAUAUACGACCUUGGUCUCCAUGGUAACGGUAAUGCUGGGCGUCAAAGAGAUAUUUUAUCCCAAGUGAAAUCUUACACACACGGCAGAAGAGGAUAAUCCAAUAUUAGAGUUGACUUAUCUCGGUCAAGCAGGGCAGAUGUCUUGAGAUUCCACAGAUGGGGGUAUUUUUAUGCUAACUCUUACUCGCAAUGUAUAAGAAGCAUAUAUAAUGUUGCUAUGCUGUCACAGGCAACAGAGCUGGCUUUUUUUUAUUUAUGACCGAAAUACGGAAAUAACUAUGCGGUAGAGUUUCAGUGGGACAAUAAUAAAGGAAACACAAAACCGCUUCCGGACCGUAUUGGAGGUAGCACACAACAACGAGUUCCUCCGCUGCUAGCGAGUUAAGCUAAUCUUCACAGCCACUUUUGCGCUGAAAUUUAGUUUGCUUUUCGUUAACUUCGAAUGUCGAGUUAUGGAGAAAAAUAAGAUAUAUAAUAUGGGACCAGCAUUAUAAAGACAACAAGUGGCCAACAUGUCCUCUGAGGAUGAGACCUCCUCUCCUUCUCCUCCCUCCUCAUCUCAAAUGCCCCCGCCCUCCUCUCACUACGUGGGGAAGAGGGAUGACAUCAUCAGAUGCGGUCAUGUCACCAAGCUAGUCAAUGGAUGCAGAGACGUGCUAGUCCUCUACCACGAGGGGAAGUUCCACGCCAUGGACAUGCGCUGUUACCAUGCAGGUGGAGCAUUAGAGCAUGGAGACAUUGAGGAGUUCAAUGGCCGGGCGUGUAUCGUGUGUCCGUGGCACAAGUACAAGAUCACGCUAGCGGAAGGCGAAGGGCUCUAUCAGGCCGUGGACAACCCAACCGUCAAACCUCUGAGGACACAUUGGCGCUCCAAGGGUGUCAAGCAGAGAAUCCACAAGAUCACAGAAGUGGACAAGGACGUGUAUGUCACGCUGAACGACUCCCAGGAGGCGGUGGAAUCGGACUACUACCAGACGGGGAGAUACAGGGCCAACUUAUGCAAGGUUCAGGUCAAGAAAGUCCACUGACAGACACAAUAAGGGAUGUCUUGGAUGUGUCACUUCACAUCAUUUCCAAACUAUUCACUUAAAUCCUAAAUGUUUGUUUUUAAGGUGUCCCAAUCGCAACUGAGUAGGUGUGGUCAGGGGUAGAAUAAGAAUGCCAAUUUACCAUAUACACAAUCUUGGGAUUUAUAGUCAUUUAUUAAAAGACACUUUCAGACUGCACUCGAAAAAUAAAUGUUUAGCCUCAACAACAAAAAAUCAACGCAACAGUUUCCAUUAGUCUUUCUUAGUUACGACAACUUAAUUUGAAAUUGCUUUGAACCAACAAACAAUAUUGCAUUGCACAAAUUAGCGUUUCCUCUUGCCUAAUGCUUACUGAAUAAUUGUUGUCAUAGGGACAAGUUUUUAAGUUCGUAACUCAAGGAAAUAUGUUAAGUCAACUGACUUAAUCAUUUUAUUCAAAGUAGUUUAAUUUGUUGUCUACUUAAUUAUAAUAACAAUGCACACAGCUUUUUAAGUAGCAGUAACUUAAUAUAUAUACUGUGUGUGUGUGUGUGUGUUAUGUUACCAAGCUAAUUUUAUUAAGUCAUGGCAACUUGAAUUUUGUUUUAAGCUUACCAACAAUAAAAUUUGAGUGUAUAUGACAUUCUAAAUUAAGUUCAUGUAAUAGCCAACAUUAUUAUUUGAACAUAACUUAAAAAAUAAAGUUAGCAACUUAGAAAGUUUAUCUAAAUCAAUUAAUUACAUUUUUUACAUUGCAUUUAUGUAUUAAAUCAAGUGGUGUCAACAGAUACUCUGAAUUACUUUUUAGAGUGUGUGAUAUUGCAAAGCAAAUAUGGUAAUGUCUACAAAUUGAC